AAACACAUUGUUAGGAAUGAAUUAUUGUAGUAUCACCAAACUGAUUCUUGGGCAAGAAGAAAAAUAAAGAAAUAGAUUCCUUCAUUUGGCUUUAUAAGCACCACUUCCUCUCCACUUUAUCAUCACCUCAUUCCACUCUUUCCCUUCCCAAAACAACAUGAAGAUGAUACUCUCCCUUCUCUCCCUCUCCCUCCUCGCCGCCGCGGUCACCGCCGCCGACAUGUCCAUCAUAACCUACGACCAAACUCACGCCGUCGGCUCCACCGACGACGUCAUCAUGGCCGCAUACGAGUCGUGGCUUGUCAAGCACGGCAAGUCGUACAAUGCCUUGGGGGAAAAAGAGCAACGCUUCCAGAUUUUUAAGGAUAAUUUUCUGUACAUCGAUGAACAAAAUGCGGUCAAAGACCGGAGCUUUAAACUAGGGUUGAACCGGUUUGCUGAUCUUACUAACGAGGAGUAUCGGUCUAAGUAUACCGGUAUUAGAACCAAAGAUUCGAGGAAGAAAGUUAGUGGAAAAAGUCAACGGUAUGCCUCACUCGCCGGCGAGAGCUUGCCGGAGUCCGUUGACUGGAGGGAGCAUGGUGCCGUCGCCUCCGUUAAAGAUCAGGGGCAGUGUGGGAGUUGUUGGGCGUUUUCAACAAUAAGCGCAGUGGAAGGAAUAAACCAGAUAGCCACUGGGAAAUUAAUAACACUAUCAGAACAAGAGUUGGUGGACUGUGACAGAUCAUACAAUGAGGGCUGCAAUGGAGGUCUCAUGGAUGAUGCUUUUCAAUUCAUCAUCAACAAUGGUGGCAUUGAUAGUGAUGCUGAUUAUCCCUACACCGGUCGUGAUGGACAGUGCGACCAGUACAGGAAAAAUGCAAAAGUUGUCACUAUUGACUCUUAUGAAGAUGUUCCUGAAUACGAUGAGAAGGCAUUGCAGAAAGCUGCUGCAAACCAGCCCAUCAGUGUUGCUAUUGAAGCCAGUGGCAGAGAUUUCCAGUUCUAUGACUCGGGUAUAUUUACGGGGAAAUGUGGGACGGACUUGGACCAUGGUGUGGUAGUUGUUGGUUAUGGUACAGAAAACGGUAAAGAUUACUGGAUUGUGAGGAACUCAUGGGGUGCGGACUGGGGAGAGAAGGGUUAUCUCAGGAUGGAACGUGGAAUUUCCUCCAAAGCGGGAAUAUGUGGAAUUACAUCGGAACCAUCUUACCCUGUGAAGAGCGGUGUAAACCCUCCAAAUCCUGGUCCAUCUCCACCCUCACCCAAAAGCCCUGAAAGUGUUUGUGAUGAAUACUACACUUGUCCCAUGAGUACCACUUGCUGCUGCAUGUAUGAGUACUACGGUUACUGUUUUGCCUGGGGCUGCUGCCCUCUUGAGGGCGCUUCUUGUUGCGAUGAUGGUUACAGUUGCUGUCCCCAUGAUUACCCUGUGUGCAAUGUCCGCGCAGGAACCUGCUCAAUGAGCAACAACAAUCCACUGGGAGUGAAGGCAAUUCAGCGGAUUCUUGCAACACCUAACUGGCAACAUGGAAGCAAAGGGAAGAAGGUCACUGCUUAAGAAAAUUCCACGAAGGGCCCCUGAGUAACGUGCUAUGGGAAAACCGGAGCUGACAGAGGUUACGAUUACAACAGCACGUUUCGAGUUGCUGAAGUUUCUACUUUCGAGUAAAUAUUAGCAGCAGCGGAGGAGGGUCAGUUAUUGGAUACUCAUUUCCAGCUUUGUACAUUGAUUUUCGAAUUUCUCUAUUACCAUUGAACAACAGAAGGAUUAAACUCAUUACUAAUCCUGUAAAGUAAAUAAUGACAGACAAAUUUCACUUCAAAAUAUGUAUGAUGAACACUGAACAGCGACCAUUGUACAAUCCUAUUUCUAAUAUAACCAUAAACAGCAUUACCAUGUUGAGCAAGUAUAUAUUAAUAUUCUUAUUUAA